CAACAUCACCCUUCUUUCUCCUCCCCACUUUCAAGUAGCGAUCUCAAUCUACAUCCGGCCCAUGGAGUCUUCAAAUACUUGUGUAAUCUGCUCUCUUGGGAUCACACGAGCGGAAUGGACAUGGGAUCUUAAUACAGCCAUGGUCAGCAAAAAUCGUGGAGUCGACUUUGGUUCAAUUCGUUUUGAAAAGAACGCCUGGAAGCAAGUUUGCAGAAGUCUGAUAUGGCCUGGGCAGCAGACACUGAUUGGACUAACUCCUUCAUCGGACUACACACCUGUAGACGCCUUUAUCAUGCAUGCGUCUUGCUACCGUCUAUUAUGCCACUUCGCAAAGUCUAACGUCCUACCUAUGCAGUUGUAUAGACUAUGCCAGGCAAUUCAACCUGACCAGGCUAGGCAAUUCCUGAGUGAUAUGGAAAUAGCACCUAAUACAUGUCCAGAUCCUUUCACACCCCUGAGGCCUCAAAAAUCCAUCCCUUCAUCCAGGGAGACGUGCUUAUUUCUGCAGGCCAAUCUUAAUAACGACAGCUCCAUACCCUUGUUCAAACUACCUUCUGAGGUGUUGCUGCUUGUACUCGGCUAUUUGUCCCCUUCAGAUUUAGUCCGUUUCUUUCGAACCAGCAAACAAGCUUUAUCCUAUGCUAAUGUGUUUUGUUGUUCACAUCCGUUGCAUUUCUUCAGGUGCGAUGCUCACACAGGCAAAGACUCAGAUGAUAAACGCCCUCUGAUGAUUGCUUUUUCCAUCUGGCCUCGGUAUCAUGAGCUUGAUUUGAGAUGGCAGAUUGUGAUAAAAAUCGCUGAACUGGCCAGGCUGCUACCAUUAUUAGAUGUGAAAGCAUCUGCUGCCCGAGACCUUGAUCACGAGGGUCCUUCCCUUAUUGGCUUUCAAUAUGGGCUAUCUGAGGAAUUCAUGGACAUUCCCGUCACAGUCAAAAGACUUAUAGGGUACGCCAUACUGCUGAAUGAUGUGUAUUAUGUCUGCGGCGUUGGUUUCAUAGCCUGCGGUUCAGAAUCAUUCAUCGGUAGCAAGACUGGCAGCCUCCGCAUAAUCGAUAUCUGUCAUUACCCAACUGAUGAAAUAUGGCUUGCUGAGGACGCGCUUGGAGUCAGAAGUUUGAAAUAUGGAAACUCGCCAUGGUUGUUUGGUGAUCCCGAGUACCUCGGUUGUUGGGAGGGGAUAAGUCUGAGACACGGUCCUAGGAGGCUGAGGAUCAGUCGCGAUGCUCUAAAGUUCCGACACCUAAGCUGGCUGCAUCAAAGUGACCUCUUUUUUGAAGAAACCCUCCUUGUUCGAAAUGAGCAUCCGUCUAGGUCAAGCCAAAAUGUUUUAGAAAGAGAGCUUUACGUUCAGCAGAAUCCAACAUGGGAGAGUGAAUUAGUGAACAAAUUCGGUAAAGUUCCCACAGAGGCUAUGUGGUUCAGUAAGGAUCUAAAGAUCAUCAAGAUAUAUGCUGAAGGGAGGCUCGGUGGCAUAACUGGCAUAUCAAUGUGUACGGGGUCAGAUGACCAUAGUGUUGGUCUUUGCAAGGGCCGUUUUUCGUUCUUGGAACUGCGCACACCUCACGAGAUUGUGACGGAAAUUGACGUGUGGAAAUGUGAAAUCUCCCCAUUAGCUCUCACAUUCAGAACUAAUCAUAACCGCCAAUUGUCGACCGAGCCUUGCCAACAUGGAAUAGAAGUUUCAUUCAGCAUCAAGACUCUUCGCGCACCACCAAAUUACCAUAUAAGGGGACUUCUUCUCAGAUUUGAAAAUUCAAUUCUGGCUUGUAUAGGCUUGAUUUUGGGCCAGGUUUAACACAUUGGUUAAAGUCAAAGAUGAAGAACUCAUUAUCAGACGAUGCUCUAUAUUUGGAAUAUGCCGUCCAUUACAUUGUUAGCCGUAAUGGCAGUCGAUCACAUAGUAAUACAAAGGUUGUGAUAUGUUUUCAGUUGCACCAGGAAUAUUUCAGGAGAUGACCAGGAUAUCUCAGAUGCGAGACAGCGUGGACGCCCACGCUCAAUGGGACGG